AUGUUGGCAUCUGGUUCCAUUACUGUGACCAUUUCUAAUGGUACAAGCUGCUCUGGGAAAGUUGGCAUCAAUUAUAAUAAUACUCCAGGCUAUCUCUCUGCACAAGGAUGGGACUUAAAUGUUGCCAAUGUAGUAUGCAAGUCCCAAGGCUGUGGGUUUGCACUGAGUGCAUUCACAAUUGAGAGGGUUGACUCCGCUCCUGUUUGGUUUGAAGAUUUUCAUUGCAUUGGGACAGAAUAUUCUCUAAGCAACUGUCUUGGUGCAACUUUUGUAACAAAUGUCAGUGAUCCCAUAUACAUUGCAGGUGUUACUUGUUCAAAAGGUGAGCUGUCUGUCAGACUAACAAAUGGCACAAACCGAUGCAAUGGUAUCCUAGAAGUCAGCAUUGGUCCUAAGUGGAAACGCGUAUGUGCUGAUAAUAAGCCUCUGACAUUUGCCAGUGUGGUCUGUAGAGAACUGCUGUGUGGUCAAGCACUAUCUAUUCAGUACAAUGUUUCAGAUAAAGGAAACACUGAACUUUUUGUUCUUAAUAACAUUAAUUGUUACGGAAAUGAAAAUUAUUUAUCAGACUGUGAAAGUUACCAAUGGCACAAUGGCUCCUGCAACUCAUCACAAGAAGUCACCAUAGCAUGCUCAGGCAGCCAAAUAGCAUCCGGUGCGAAUAUUAUAUAUCAAAGAGACUACUGCACAGGCAAUGUGGCGUUUGCAUUCACAAAUAACUACUGGUAUUUCUGGAACUAUGUUAUUGUUCCUGUUGUUGCCUGGGAUAUUAAGGAUGCAAAAGUUGUCUGCCGACAGAGAGGUUGUGGAUUUGUAAUCGCAGCAUCAACCUACAUUCAAUAUGGACAUAAAUCAGCUGUGUUAGAUAUACAAUGCAAUGGGACUGAAGGUUCCUUAUCUUACUGCCCACAGUCUGUUGUUGAGCCUGUUGGAAAUCCAUCUUUGAUCUACCCAGCUGUAAACUGCAGUGGCUCCUUCAAUGUUAGGAUCAGCAAUGGAAGUGGACAGUGCUCUGGCAGCAUCAGUAUCUGGUAUAAGUACAUCUGGAGCCCUCUCACAGCAGAUGGGUGGGAUAUAAAUGCUGCAAAUGUUGUGUGUAGAUCCCAAGGAUGCGGGUUUGCACUGGCUGCUGUCAGUGACUCAUGGCUUGGUACAGGUUCUGUUCCUUCCUGGCUAAACAACUUUCAAUGUUCUGGGACAGAAAAUUAUCUGAGUUUUUGCUCUGCUGAAUUACUGGAGAAAACAAUCAGCAAUUCUUCGUCUGUUGCUGGAGUCAUUUGUUCAUCAGGGGAAGUAAUCGUCCGACUGGUAAAUGGCACUGACCGCUGCAACGGCAUACUUGAAGUAAACGUAAACUCCAGCUGGGAACGUGCUUGUAGUGAUAACUGGCAUUAUAGCACUGCUGCUGCAGUGUGCAGGGAGCUGUUUUGUGGUUAUUCUUAUAAUACAGAAACUGACCUUAAUAAUGAAGGAGGACAGGAUGGAGUUUGGCUUAACAAUGUAAACUGCUAUGGAUAUGAAUCAGCACUGUCACUGUGCCCCAGUCAGCAGUGGACUAAGGCCCUCUGUAAAUCACAACAACAAAUUCGCAUUUCAUGCUCAGGUGGUCAGCAAAGAAUAACCAGCAUACAGUUUGCAGAACAAGAUGGUUACUGCUCAGGCAAACUUAGAUUUAGUAUUUCAUAUAGUUAUUAUUAUCAAAAUACUCCUGUAACUGAAUGGGACAUUAAGGAUGCAAACACCGCAUGCAGACAGAUGGGCUGUGGAUUUGCUAUUUCAACAUCAACUGUUUCUGUAUAUGGACGCACAUCUGCAUUGUUGGAUGUCCAGUGCAAAGGAAAUGAAAGUUAUCUAGAGAACUGCUUAAUCUCAGCAACUGACUCUAAUGGAACUCGAUAUGAAAAUGUGCCAUACAUUAAGUGCUCAGGUUAUUUUAAUGUACGGAUUGUGGAUGGAAUGAACAGCUGCUCUGGGCGAGUUGAGGUCUAUUACAGCAAUACAUGGACUUCUGUCUCAGUGAAUGGAUGGGAUAUAAAUGAUGCCAAUGUCAUAUGCCGGUCACAUGGAUGUGGUUUUGCACUAACAGCUGUGACUGACUUCAGGUUUGGUGUAUCUAAUUCUACAUCUAAUUCUACCUGGCUAACAAAUGUUCAGUGUGUAGGAAGCGAGUUUUCACUGUCUUAUUGUUAUGUUGAAGUCUUAUCAACAAAUACAGUUCCCACAGGUGCGGCUGGAGUUAUUUGUUCUUCAGGAAAUCUAAAUGUAAGAUUGGUAAAUGGCACAAAUCGUUGCAAUGGAAAACUUGAAGUGAGCAACGGCAUUGAAUGGGGAGCAGUUUGUAAUAAUUACUGGAAUAUAAAUCAUGCAAAUGCUGUGUGCAGUGGACUGAAAUGUGGACAUGCUCUAUCUAUACAAGGAAUUUAUUCUUCAGGAGAAGAAUCCAGCAAUGUAUUACUCAGUAAUGCAGUGUGUUAUGGAUGGGAAUCUUCAUUUUCUCAAUGUACAGUUACACCCUGGGUGCCAGCUUCUUGUAACAAUUCUCAAAUGGCUAACAUAACAUGCUCAGAUAACAGUUAUUUACCAGUACGUCUCGUGAAUGGACCCAAUAAAUGUUCUGGUCGAGUUGAGGUUUAUUACAACUCACAGUGGGGUACUGUGUGUGAUGACCUUUGGGAUAUAAAUGAUGCCAGAGUUGUCUGCAAACAGAUUGGCUGUGGCAAGGCUCUGUCUGCUCAAAGUUUUGCAUAUUUUGGCAUGGGCUCAGGUCCUAUUACUCUGGAUAAUGUUCAAUGCAGAGGGAAUGAAUCUAAUAUCUUGGAGUGUUCAGCCAAUCCACUGCUUCAACAUGACUGUUCUCACAUUGAGGAUGCUGGUGUCACUUGUGAAGAUUCCGUUGUGGACACAGCAAUCUUAACAGCAACUGUACAUGCAGUCUUUUCAGGCAGUGACUCUUUAGAAUUGCUGGAUAAAGCAGUGAUUCAAACAAUUAAUGAGUUCCUGUCAUGGAUUCCUGAGCAUGAGAAGAUCAGGGUCAAAUUGGUCAGAAGAAAAGUAUCAGAGAACUGAAGUCCUGCUUUGGAAAAUGUACAUGCUGUGAAUACAGUUCAAUAUCUUUAAUACAUCAGAAUUUGCACACAAAAUCCAAAUUUAUGAUUUUGAAAUAUUGUGUACUUUUGCAUGCAAAAUGUGUUUCUAAAAUUCAUAUUGAGGUUAUAAUUUUAUGGUCUGUACUUCCUGAUUUUUGGAAGAGUGAUUUGCAUUUUUUGAACAUGAGGAUACUUUAUAUGACAUCACUUAUUCUUUUUGAUGGUAUGUUUAAUCAGUUAACAUACCCUUAUGUUUCUGAUGUAUGGGAUAAUAAAAAACAUUCUAUGGCUAAUUCAUACAAUAGAACAAUAAAAUUAAAAAGAAAAUGUUAUUUGCCAGUAAGACAUUUAUUUGUAAAUAGUGUACAUGGGUUUGGGAGGUUUCAUUUGAUUUAGAUGUCCAUGCUGUUCGGUUCAAACAUCUGCUGUCUCCUGAGAAACUACACCCACCACACUUGGUGGAGAGGCAGAGCAAUUCCCCUUCCCAGUGUCUGAAUAACAAUCUUUUUUAUUAUUUUAUGUCCUUCAUAACUUGACAAGACAUUGAUCAAGUUCCCCUGGCGUUGUCCUUUAAGUUACUACCAUGUGGUUGACAACCUCUUAUGAGCACACUCUGAUGAAAAUAUAGUUAGUCAUAACCAAUAGAUCCCCCAUCAUCCAGACACUGUCUCCAGGUUUGCUAAAUGAACCUGGGUCACAGAACCAAACAGUAAUACCCAUCUGUGGUAUCAGCAGCAUUUUAUUUAUAAUCCACUUUGUAUUUGAUUUAGUAAAUACUGUCUCAUUUAUAUUCCAAUAUUUCUGACAACACUACAGCAACAUUGUACAUGCUUUAAAUAGGUUAUUAUUCUUGGCAUCUAAAUUGAGUUGUAUAAAUGCAAAGAAACAGGAUAAAUACUGUUCAUGAAUUCUGUUCAAGAAUUUAAACUAGUUAUUUACUGUACACUGAAGAACAAUAAACUAAUCAAAAUGGCUGUC